CUGGAGUCGCUGCCGCCGGGAACUUUGGAGCAUCAACGGUACGUUCACACGAGUCUCUGCUGGAGCUCCUGACCGGGAAUAUUAGAGAAAAGGGAAAAUAACUUUGACUUCUCUUCAUCCUCAGGUGUUUGGUUGAGGUAAAGCAUUAAUGAGACCGGGUAUAACAGAGAUUUAAACUGCUGAGAUUGAACUCGAGGUGGUUUUUGGAGUUUGAGAGGUUUCUGCGGGGGAUGAAUGGAGUCUUUAGUGUUUUGUUGUUAUUUUAACAUCUCUGAAUUUAACACCUUUAUGUUGUUGAUGAACAAAAGUAUUUAGAAAGAGGUCGUAUUUAUUGUUGAGUCCGUGCUCUGGGUCUCUUCUCUGGAUGGAGAGAAUGAAUGAACCAGCAUCACAUGACUCACGUCUCAGCUCACAGGAGCUCUUGUGGGAGUUUUCUCUUUAUAAAACUUGAUCUCCUGUAACUGUCCUCAUCUUUAAAGUUAUUUUAGGGGACAGAAAAUGUAAAUUAAUCAGCAAUAUUUGAGAAUUGAGGACGUCUUUAUUAUUCCUGAGGAUUUUUUUUACAGCCGACUGGAGACAAACAGGAAUAAUAAGACAUAAAGGAUGUAAGAAAACAGCUGAACUGGUUAAAGAGGACGAUGCCAACAUGUAAAUGUAGUAAAUGUUCCUCUGAGCUGUUAAAAAAGCCGAUGCCAGUUGAGAAAAAGGCGAUUAUAAGUCUAUUUUUCCUGGAGAAAACAUGACAGAUCAUGUUAAAACCUGAUAUUCGGGUUUACUGAACAACUUAAGACGACUCAGAUUUAUAUCCUGAGGAGCUCCUAAGUCCAGUCUGGAAAACUCCGAUGACACAAUUUGGCAUCAGAUGGGAAAAAUCCUCAACUGCACUCAUAUAUUUUCCAGUAAAGCGUAAAACAACAGAUUUAUUGUUGCAUGUUUCUAUUUUUCCAACCACUUAAGUGCACUUUUUUUCCCAUGCUUCAUUAUCUGUUCACUCGUUCGAGGCGGAGGAUGCUGAGCGCAGCUGCUCAUCAGUUUAUCAUCCUCAUUCAGGAGCAACUUUGGGGUUUAAAAUCCUCCUUUAGGACACUCCAGCAUGUAGAUGUUAGGAGCCGGGGAUUGAACUGAGUGAGUCAGAUGUGAAGGAGAUGAAAUGCAGCAAAGAGCCAAAAGUCAGCUGUGAGGAGAUGCUGCACAGAGCUCCUCUGAUAAUCGAUUGUUGUAUCUGCAGACAGCGUUAAGACUCUCACCCUUACUCUUAUCAGCUGCAUAUUUCCCUAAAAAGGUCGUUAUCACUAAUAAGACAGUCCUCCUCUGGAGCUCCUUAAACCUGCUGCUCACUAAAGCUACAGGUGAACGUACCUGUGAGAGAUCCUGGUGUUUUAGGUAAACUAAAGUUACUCUUGAUUUAAGAAAGAUGUUUUAUUCAUUAUCAGUAAAGUUUGAGCUGAUCAGAGUCGAUGAAUCCCUCAUUUUUAGCUCCUAAGAUCUUGAAGACUAAUUUGGUCAGGGUGGCUCAUAUUAAAGCUCCUGUGAGGAACUUUUAGUUUGAGUGGAUGUUUGUUAUUUCAAUGUGCUGUGACACCUACCCCCCUCACAGACGGAUCGAAAAUGAAGCACAGAAAUCACCGGUCUUGUUGCUGCUGAUGGUUUAGUUUCAAAAAGGCAAUAAGAAAAAUUCUACUCUGUUUUAUAACCAGUUGAAAAUCCCUCACUGUAGCUUUAAGUGGAAUGAGAUAUUUGGCAGGAGAUCAGACGAGUACACCUUCAGGUUUUUUUAUGUUUCAGCAUCAAGUUAUUUAAAAAACUCCACAUGACAGAUGUGAAAUGUAAAAGCAGAGGUUAUAGUUCAGUUUUAGAAAGCGAACAUAAUUAUUAGUCGGAAAAUAAAGUUUUUAUUUUUGCCAGAAUCAAGAGUACCAGCAGGAUGAAGUUAUAAAAGGAGAUUUUGACUAAUUAGAUGGUCUUUAAUGACGUUUUUCUACCUGAGAUUGUGUUUUUGGAGAGUUGUGCAUCAUCAUGAUUAUGGAGAUGUAUGAGUUAGACCGGGACCCCUGGAGAUUUAUGGCAUUUAAAGCUCCUGUGAGGAGUUUUUUGACAUGAAGGAAAUGGGCUUAAAUUCUUCUUGAUGCCUUUUGAUAAUAUUCAGACUAAAAAAAGGGAAUCAGAGACAGUAUUGAUAGUUUAUUUUUGAUACCUGUGAGCUGUGUGAGGGGGUAGGAGUCAGCCAAGCAGCAGGUAAAAAAAAACAUUUAAUAACAUAACCCAAAUAAUCAUAAUCACAUAAUCCAAAAGUCACUCAGAGGAGCUUUAAUGUGUUUAAAUCAUGAACAUGUUCCUUUAAUUAGCCUUGAUUUUGUCUUCAGAUGAAUAUCUGCCGAUGUUUUGUCUGUGAGUUUGACUGCAGUGAUGUGUUUUUGGACGUCUCUGAAACUUGAUGUGACGAUGUCAUUGAGCGGACGCUGUAAUCAUGGCGGCGCACAACAUUGGAGAACUUGUGUUUGAUGUUUGACAUGUUUGAACUAAUGCGCACGUGCAGCCGGAGCGUGUCUUUCAUCAGACUGCUGAGCGUGUCGGCGUGUAUUGAUGCACUCAGUCGCAGCUGUGAGCAUGAAUGUUUCCACUUUACUGUACAACCGUGUGUGUGUGUGAGUGUGUGUGUGUGAGUGUGUGUGUGUGUGUGUGUGUGUGUGUGUCCUCAAACACAAGCCUUACAGUAUGAGCUUCACACCGACACAUGCACACACUCUGCUCACGGCGUACAGUAUCAAUGUCAACUCUGUUCCUCUGCUCGGGGUCUCUGGAGGCUUCAGAGGAGAGUGUGUGGAGGUGGGAGGUGGUGGUGAAAGUAGGAGGGGGCUCAAUUGGAUGCCCGCCUUGUGUUUACCUUGGCACCUUUACCCCUCCACCCCCCCUAAAACGUCCCUGCUCCUGUCCGUUGUUGGAACAGACCGAGGCCUUAUUGCGCUCUACCUCAGCUGGGAGCGGAACAUACCACAGCGAGCGAACGGGGGAGCAGCAACCGCCCCUCAGGCUGAAUGGACACUCUGUGGAGAGGGGGUCUGGCGUUAAAACGAUGAAGUGGCCACAGUUUAAAUGAUGCAUUUAGAGAGAGAGAGAGAGAGAGAGAGAGAGAGAGAGAGAGAGAUGAGGAUCUGCUCAGUGACUCGGACUCUGAGCAAUAAGGAGUCACACUUUUGGUUUUCCGUGUUGGUCAUUGUGAGGCUGGUUGUGUUUGGGUUGGUGAAGCUUCUUUGUUUCACAAAUAUCCAUGAAGAGAAUUAAAGCUACUGUAGGGAAUAUUUUGUUUGUGUUGGUUAUGGUGCCCCCUUGUGGGUAAAGUAGUUUUGUUCUCUAAAGUCUCAUUAUGAACCAAAAGAAUCUAAAAAAACUUACCAUCAUUCACCAGACUGAGGUGGUUUCAAGGGUUAAAUUUUCUCAAGAGUAAUAAUCUGGUUUGUUCCUGCUGGUUUGGUUUGCUAACACUCAUUUUUUCAAUUUUGAUAUGUUCCAUGAUAACCUAAAAUCUCCACACAGGACUUUUUAAAUAUCAGUCAUGAUGAAAAAGUGCAGAAUUUGAUGUUAGGAACUACAGCUGAAAAUGUAAAAGUCAUGAACAAAUUUGCUAAAAACAGAAUUAUACAAUACAGUUUGAUAUAAUACAACACAACAUAAUACAAAUCAAUACCAUUUGAUACUGCACACACUUAUCCAUCUCCACUAUGAUAUUGAUAUUUAAUGUUAAAGGUGACUAAUGAAAGAGACAAAACAAGACAAUAUGGAGUUUGAAAAGAAACGCCUGAUUCCAUUUAGUCUAAUUUGACAUGAUUUAAUACAAUAUAAUACAACAUGUAUCAACUAAUGUGAGAGCAGGCAAGAGAGGACAGUAUAAUAAGUUGAGAUGAGAUGAUGCAAUAUGAAACGGUUUAUGAUAGAGUAUGAUACAAAACAAUACAAUAUGAUAUGAUAUGUCAUGAUUUGAUACAAUAUGAUACGUUACACUUUAAUAGGUUGUGAUAUGAUAAAAUAUGUAAUAUGAUAAAUACAAUAUGAUAUGACUAAGUACAACAUGAUACCACACAAUACCAUUCCAUAGCAUGCAAUAAAAAAUGAUAUAAUAUAUUUAAUAUAUGAUAGAAAAGAUAUGUUCUGAUAUGCUAUAAAAUAGGACAUUAUGGUACGAUAUGAUAUGAUAUAUCAUAUAAUACAAAACAUUAUAUGAUAUGAUAUGAUAUGAUAUGAUAUAUUAUGAUAUCAUACGAUACAUAAUGAUAUGAAAAGAUACAUUAUGAUAUGAUACCAAACAUACGAUUACAGUUACAGUUAUGAUUAUGACAAAGACAACAUUCUGUAAAAUAUGAUAAGCUGAAUAAGAUAAGAUGCCAUAAGAUAUGAUACAAUAUAGUAGGAUAAGCUCUGAUGAGACAUGAUACCUUAUAACUUAUAUGACUGAUGUAUGGAAUAGCAUAAUGUCAAAUGUGAUUUCAUACACUUUCAUGUCCUUUAAACUCUUAUAAGUCAUGAUUUUUAGUUUAGCUGGAAUGCUGCUGUCUCCACAGUGGUACAAUAAACAAAAAACCAUAACACAGUCAGACCAUGUGCAGUACAUCAUUCUGAUCCUUAGUCUGAUAAAGGGAUCCAGCUUACCGUGUAGGAUCAGGGUUUCAUCUUCUUUCCCAGGUAAACAGACUGACUGUGGGUAAACUUGGUACGCCUUCACUGUUGCACCAACUUCAGCAGGAAGUACUAACACAGGAAAGUUUGUGAGGAUCCCAAAUUGGAGAGAGUUUCUGGAGAUUUGGCAAAACUUGACUGAGUGUAAAUACAUGAACAGUGUGUGAUAAAUCCAGGGCGGAUUUGUCCGUCCAUCUUAACCCGCUGUGUGGUAUUUUGUCCUUCCGUCCAAACUGGGCCAACAUUCACUCUCAGACAGAUCUUAGACAGCAGAGCAAAUAUUAGUCCUACUGUACUGCAUGUCCGGGAUAUGUGGAACUCUGAGAAUGCUUCCAGCCCACACACACACUCAUUCACACACUCAUUCAUUCAUUCAUUCACACAGUUUGCCAUCAGCCUUAAGUCGUCCUGGCUUUUACUGUGAAGACAUGAUUGUAAUAUUAAGCUGAGUCACUUAUUUUGAAAGGUCGCUGGGUUUCCUUUCUGUCUGCCAAACACUCAUCAGCUCCUGCAAACGCUCUGUGACUGUGAGCUUCAGGUUUAUUGGCUGUAAAUGUCUCCGCGUGGCUGUUUUGAAUGAACUGGGAGCGUUCUGCAGCCUGUCCUGAGGCUUGUGAACGCAGCACAAUGACUUAGUUCAGUUGGUGCCUGCGACCGUUUUUGUAUGUUUGACUUUGCUGCACGUCACAGCUCUGGAAAGCUAAGAGAAAAUAAGCAAUGUCGCAAUAAGAGUCUGACAGAUGUGGCUUUGUGAUAGCAGAGUUGAUGUUUGGGGGGUUGAAGUUUUGAGUUUCUGCUAUUAGAUGAUGUUUGUGGUCAGAUCUUUUCACAUUAGAUGAAACUCUAAAAAGAAGCAGAAUAAUGAAUCUUUUGUGUGUGAGUUCGCAGCUCAGCAUGAAUCACUGGUAUUUAAAUGGAAAUUUACAGUCGACUUUUAACGAGAAAGACUAGAAACGAACCCCUUUCACUUCUGAAAACAUUUUGGAUUUAACCUCAACAAACUUGAUCUUAAACAUGCCAGCCUCCCAGUGUAAAGUCCAUUUAAUGUCCAGUUAGUUUCAGCAUCUUUGAACGUCUCAUGAUGUUAUCAAUCCAGAGACACUUUCUCGAUAUUUUUCCCCUCCUCCUGAGUUCCUCCCAUCAUCUAACGGACUAUUUCCAGAUGCAAAGUGUCCCUGACAUGAAGAUAAUUUGUGACAGGAAAAAUCCAGACAAUAUCAGGACCUGAAAGGUUGAAAAUUGUGUACAAUUUUGUAAAAGUUGUGUUAAGAGUCGUCCUGAUGUAACUUCUGGCUUGAGCUUGAAGAGGUAGAUCCUGGAGCUUUGCUGAUUUUGUCCCACAAAUAUCCAAGUGAAGUUGUUCUUACAGAAAUCUGGACCUGAAUUAAUCUAGUAUCUUCCGAUAACCAGACAUCCUGUCUUGAAUCAGACCAUCCUGUUUUCAAGCUCCAGAUAUGUCCUGAUUUCUUGAGGUCUUUCAGGAAAUACCAGAAGAAAAUGUCAUGCUCCAAACACUGAUUUUCCUGUAUAAAUGUGAAUCCAUGUUGGAUUGACAUCUAUGACCAGUUCUGAUGCAACAGAUAUCCAGAACUUGGUAGAUAGAUCCGGUUUGGGAAAGUUGGCAAAUCUAUCUCCAAUGUGGGUUUGUGUUGGUGUUCCUGUCACCCUGAAGUACAAUGUAAAGACUGUUUACUGUGUAGCUGAGGUCUUUAUGAUGGUCUUGGUCAGACAUGGUCUCAGUAGCAGCGACGUUAGUUUUAGUCAACAUUAUAAUCAGCUGAUACCCCCAAAAAGGAGUUUCCAGGGUCAUCACUAUCGUGCCGACAUGGAUGUGUGUAAAAGACUUGACUGAAUAACCAACGCAUCUUUAAACAUAUCCAUUUCCCUAUAAAUAGUGACUGUACACAGUCUUCAGUGAACACAAAGCUGUCGAACAGUGAAAGAACGGUUGGAAAGGUGGAAAAGUUUCCUGUGUUAAUUAUUUUAUGCAUAAGUGUUCAACAAAUGGAAAAUCAUUUGAGAUGAAUGAAUGACACUCUUGAGUCUCAGUGAGUCUGAAGUUAUUUCAGUACCAAAGACAUUUCCUGUUCCCACAGACAGAGGGGCUUUCAGUUCCUCCGUGGGCAUGUACGGCAUUUCUGAAAGCUACUAGAGACUCUUGACUUUCCAUUUCAGCUAAUGAAGGUGACGUAACACCCGAACGCAUUAAAGGUCCUGAAUCACACAGAAGAUGGCUGAGAGUGUGCAGGAGUCAUGGGAACACAGCGGCAUUCAGGGCUAGAGGAAAAGAUGAUAAACCGGCCCGCUCAGUCUAACACUCACUUUACUGUUCAGUCAGUGUGCAGAAGGAAAAAAGGAGAGCGAACAUGAUUCUCAGCAUCUGGAAAUUCCCAUUGUUCUGUGUUGAAACAUUCAUGUGUUUUUCAGGUAACCAUGACCCCCCUGCUUCUGCUUUGUGUGUCCUUGCCCCUCAUCUCCGCAACUGUAUUACUUGAAGACCAGGAUGGUAAGUAUGGUUCAUGAAAUGGUCUUAUUCCCAUUAUCAGUGAGUCAAACCUGAAGUAUGUAAAGUUUAUUUCAGCCCAGAUUGUGUCUUUGUGAUGUCUGCUAUCUCACCAGGAAAGAACUAAAUGUGUUUAAAAUAGAACGGGCCAAACUGAGGAGAAUAUUUCUCUCCCGUCUCUUUGGAUUCGCCCUUUUUUGGUCAUAUCCAAAGACACAGCAUCACCCCAAAGACAAGCAGCAUAAGAACAAAGUUAUCCAGGUUCAGAAGAGUCUACUAAAGAGAGUUCAAGUCUUUCUGAUGCUGAGGCUUCAAAGCAGAACUCCAUAAUCUUUGCCAUCACUCCACCACUGUUACUUUGUAAAGCUGGGAUAAGGUUACUACUAGAUAUGAGGAUUAAUAGUUAAAUGAUUAAAACCAAAUUAAGAAACUUUUAUCCCAAACAAGAAAAUUUAAUCAGUCAGGCUUGAUCAAAAAGGAGAAAACUGGACUUGGUUAAAGUUGCCCCUCUGGAUCAAGCCUUUGAUAACCUUGACCUGGAUGAAAGUACUGAUAAGUGGUCUUUGACUUGUCUUCCUUCAGACAUGGAUGGCACACUGCGUGUCAGCAUCCCCAUGGAGAUGCCACUCCGCCCUCUACUCGGCAGUAAGGUAGUGGUUCCAUGCUACUUCCAGGACAACACAGUCAACGAUCCCGGUGCCCCCACCAUCGCCCCGCUCUCCCACCGCAUCAAAUGGACCUACGUCACCAAGGAGAAAGUCACCACCAUCCUGGUGGCAACAGAGGGGAAGGUCCAAGUGGAGACAGCGUAUUUGGACAGAGUGACGAUGAUCAACUACCCCCUGGUAUCCACUGACGCCACCAUUGAGAUAACGGAGCUCAUGUCCAGAGAUUCUGGCACCUACCGCUGCGAGGUGAUGCACGGCAUCGAGGACAACUAUGACACUGUGGAUAUCCAGGUUCAGGGUAAGCUUCAGAGAUACUAACAGUUUAGUUAUUGCAGUUGGUACUGGCUUACCACAUGGUACCACCAAUACUGUUGGCAUCUACAGCAAGAAAACCCAACAAGUCUUUCUCCAAGGUUCUCCCAGACUCAAGGUUAUUGGGAUGACCUUUGUACACUUCCAGUUUAAGGGUUGCAAAAAAGGUUUCUGUAUUUCCCUGAUGAAUGAUGCAUAUUUGCACCCUUGUAACUAUCUUGAAGCUUAGAAGAACAACUCCAAAUACUUUGCCACAAAUUUGGAUAAUCCAGGAAAUAUAUAGUCAAGUUCCUUCCAUUUUUUUCUAUCCCACAGGUAUCGUGUUUCACUACCGAGCCAUCUCCACCCGCUACACCCUCACCUUUGAGAAGGCCAAAGCAGCUUGUCUCCAGAACAGUGCCACUAUUGCAACUCCAGCCCAGCUCCAGGCCGCUUACGAUGAUGGAUACCACCAGUGUGAUGCUGGAUGGCUCUCUGACCAGACUGUGAGGUAAAGUCCAACCAAUAUGGACAGGGAGCCAGUAAAAACGGUCCCAUCUGAAGGUGGAUUUAGAAAGUUGAGUUAAUCUUCUAACUGGUAUCCACUUUGAUGUUUUGAGGUACCCCAUCCAGGAGCCCCGAGAGCGAUGCUAUGGUGACAAGGAGACCUUUCCUGGUGUGAGAACUUACGGCGUGAGAGAUGUCAACGAGACCUACGACGUGUACUGCUUUGCUGAGAAGAUGUCAGGUACAAUCCUCAUGCAAGGGUAGCAAGGAUGAAGAACAAGAGAGCUCAAAAUCUUUGGCCGCUAUGUCUGUUGUUUCUGACCCUCCUCCUCUCUCCUCCCAGGCAGAGUCUUCUACUCCAUGUCCGUGGAGAAAUUCACCUUCUAUGAAGCCGGGGAUCAGUGUGCCAAACUCGGAGCUCGCCUUGCCACCACCGGAGAACUGUACCUGGCCUGGAAAGCUGGCAUGGAUGUGUGUAACGCUGGCUGGUUGGCAGACAGGAGUGUGCGUUACCCCAUCAACAUAGCCAGACCUCAGUGUGGAGGGGGGCUCCUCGGAGUGAGAACCGUCUACCUGUUCCCUAACCAGACAGGAUACCCCUACCCAGAUUCCCGCUAUGACGCUAUCUGCUUCAGAGGUGAAUUCUUCAUAGACACGUUUGGAUCAGUCUACUCUAACAUACUUGUGCAUGACGUGGUACCAGUUUGUGAUGUUAAGUGUAUUUCAGGGAGCUCUAACAAAUCAUCAAGAAGACCUUAAAAAGUCACUUCAUAUUCAUCUGCAAACGAAAUAAAGUAUAUAACAACAAAACAUAAUAAAAACCAAGAGUUAGCUAACGAGGCUUUAAAGAUGUAAAAUUCCUCCAGGACUUAUUUCAUUUGUUUCCUCAGCUGGUGAGGAUGAAGGCAGCGUGCCGGUCAGGACCACCCCUUUCCCAGAUAUUAUCCGAAUCACACCUGCCCCAGGUGUGUACCCAGGUGUUGUCCCCACUCCAAGAGGGGAAGAGAUCAAAGGUGGCGAAGUCGAUACCCUUUCCCCGCUGCCGGUCCCACCGAGUGUGACGGACACUUCCACCAGAGUGACUCCCAUAAAGCCUGAGCCUGGACUGGGUCUGACAGAUAUUUAUGCUCCUAUGGGUCCUACAGGUAAGUUUGAUAUGAACUUCAACACAUAAACCAUAGAUUUAAUUUAGAGAAGUACAAUAAAGCACACACACGCUUGAAGAGACAGAGGACAUUAUUAAUCAAUACCUUAAAUCUCCUCAUGUCCUGAUGUCUUGAGUGCUUCCUCCUCUCUCUCUUCCUAGGUGUGGUCUUCCACUACAGACCCAUCACUGGUCGCUACACUCUGACCUUUUUGGAGGCUGCCAGAAUGUGCCAGAGCAUCGGGGCGAUGAUUGCCAGUCCUCAGCAGCUGCAGGCAGCUUUUGAGAAAGGUCUGCACCAAUGUGACGCCGGCUGGCUCCGUGACCAGACCGUCAGGUGAGGUAGCUGAGGGGACAGGUAGAGAAAAUUAGGUAAUACUGAGCUGAAAGUGCUGCUUCCUCAUUGUUCCAACACACACCUCUAUUCUCAGGUAUCCCAUCGUAUCACCCAGAGAAAACUGUGCUGGAAAUCUGCCUCACCUUCCUGGAGUCAGGUCUUACGGCCUGAGACCAGCCAGCGAACGUUACGAUGUGUUUUGUUAUGUAGAACGUCUCCAAGGUGAGAAGCCCAUUUGUGCCAACUUGCAUAAAUAUACCAACUCACUUCUUAUCGACUGUAUCUAAAUUGUUCUUCAUGCUUCUGUAUUUCUGUUUAGGUGAGGUCUUCUUCACCAGCGACUACGACAGCUUCUCCUAUGAAGAGGCCGUGCAGCACUGUCAGAAACUCAACACCACCCUGGCCAACACCGGACAGAUGUACGCUGCCUGGAAUAAAGGCCUUGACAAGUGCCGUCCAGGCUGGCUGAUGGACCGCAGUGUACGCUACCCGAUUACUACCCCCAGGUCUCACUGUGGGGGUGGUCAGGUUGGGGUCCAAAUCAUCUACGCUUAUCCUAACCAGACGGGAUUUCCUGACGAGCACUCACGAUAUGAUGCCUAUUGUUUCAAAGGUAGAAAACACAAUAAUAGUAGCUUGAUUGUGACAGACAUUCAGUGAAGGAGUUUGGCGAAUUGUUGAAAAUCUCCCAAAUUUCUGACUUAGACGGGAAAAUAUCUUUUAAUACAAGUCAGGUAAUGCUGGAUAAGAGUUUUUAAGUCAAAGCUUAGGUACUUUUUUCGCAAGGUUGAGGAUACUUACAGAAAAAUACAAGUGGAGUGGUUGCAACUAUAAGCCAAUAAUGACGGAAGUAUGGUUUUUCCCGAGUAACUAGAAACGGUUAAUGUCGCUAGCUAACGGCAAAGGUAAAAUAGCAUAUAGAAAUUCAAGCAUCUUAGCUGGGGUCUAAAAGGGUUGUGGCGACAAAAGUUGAGAAUUACAACUGCUCUGUAUUACACUGCUGUAUGAACUACUACAACACCGGAAUUAUAAUUAUUUUGUCAUUAAUAGUAAUUGUACAAUUUCUCGUGCUGUUAAAGUUGCAUUAUUUCUCAAAAAGUGAGUCUGGCUCGGCUUGAUCAGAUUUUUCUUUUUCAGCUGAAAGACCUACUGUACCCAUUGAAACAGAAACCAGGGUGAAUGUGACCACAGUGACGGUGGAUUUUAUCGACAGGACAACAGUCCCAGUUGAUCAUUUGACUCCAACAGGUGACCCAGACGUUUAAACUCUGUUCCUUCAAUCCUUGUAAAGACCUUGAGGCUUAGUCUCAUUAGUUUGAUGUUUAUUCAUGGUCCUUAUGAAGCCAAAUCUCUGUUUUUUCAUUUGUUUUAGUUGAAACCACUGUGCACUACAACGCAACUGAGUUUGAAACUAAUUUUACCAGACAUGAGGAGUAUAUCAACGAGACAAUCAUCACCCCUGAAAAAGGUGUUCUGGGUAAGAAAGCCGGAGAGAACGGAGUGAAUUUCUGUUGAUGAGACUUAAUUUUAGUCAAGCUUAAGUCUAAUCAUUUCUUGUCUGUACUCUUGAUAUUUUCACCAGACAAAACCGUUUUCCCACCAACCCAUGUUGAUAUGUCCGGCUCUGGUUCCGCCGAUCAUUCAGCCAGCGGAGAGAUCUCAGGAGAGCCCAUAACCUCCAGCACCAGUGGAGAAGCCUCUGGAUCAGGAGAAGAUGUCUUGUUCAGUGGACGCACAGACAUCUACUCUGGAGAUCAUUCGGCGUCUGGUGGUCCACAGGAGGCAGAAGGGGGUUCUGUCAUCUUCACGUCUGGAGAACAGGGCAGUGCAUCUGGAUUUGAGGAGAGGCCACACAGACCCCACUCUGGUUUUGGUGUAUCAGGAUCAGGUUACAUCAGCGGAAGUGCAGAUGUCAGUGGCAGCGGGGAAACGGUUAUCAUCAUGGUGGACGGGAAGAUGGUGGAAGUGCCCAGGUCCGAACAUAAACCCACAGAGCAGGAGUGGGGCCGUGGAGGCAUCGACUCCAGUGGAGUUUUCUUUGGAUCAGGCACGUCAGGAUCAGGGGAUCUGUCCGGAACUGACUCUGGAUUUUCUGGCAUCUCCUUCAUAGACCACAGUGCUGUUGACCUGACCGUCCAGCCAUCAGGUGAGCAGGAGGUGUCUGGAUACCACCCCUUCCACAGUGGCUUCCCAAGUGGUUUCCCAUCUGGUGUCUCCAUCAGCGGCUCAGCCUCUGGGGACUCUUUCCAGCAGCGUGGUGACGUCAUCUACCUUACAGACAUUGACUUGAUGGAAGUGACUGAACCUCCACAGGUACGCCACCCUGAGCAGGGCAGGGGGGUGGUGGAGGUGAGCGGUGAAGGAAGCGGCUCGGGGAUCCGUCAUGAAUACAGCGGUACUUUGGACCAAAGGUGGAGUCAAUCAGGAAGUGGAGACCAGGUGGCCUACUCUGAAUACAUUACCAGUGCUGGCCAAUCAGGAGCCGACCAGGACAGUCAGGAUAGGCAUGCAGAACCAACAGAUCAUGUUGUGACCCCUGAUACGUCCUACACCAGCCCAACCACAGCACCAUCAGUCUCACUGGCAACCCCUUCUGUUGUUGAGCAGCCUCAAGUCGUGGAAGGUACAGAGUUUGGAUGUUUUUAACUCUUACUGUUCUGUAUCUGCAUGUUUGCAAAAUACACAAAGUGGUCCACUGAAGUACCAUGCUGUGACUGAGCACAACCUGAUCCCUCAUAUUAUCAGAAUAAUCCAAGUUGUAGUCCUUUGCAUGCCAUUCUGUGCCACUGCCACAAGAGAGCAGACCAGAACAGCUUCACCGCAGAGGUGUAACAGACCCUCUUAAACAGGCGGUGCAAAAAUGACUAACGUUUCUGUUUCUCUGCUGUUAGCCUCUGUGGAUCCCUGCGAACCAAACCCCUGCAGAUCAGGAACCUGCACUGUCCAGGGAGACAUCGCUGUGUGUCAGUGUCCCUCUGGUUUCACUGGGGAAGACUGCUCAACACGUAAGUCUGCACACCAAACACAAUAGAAGCGGGAUACUUAACAGGAAAUAUUCAAUCUUGUUGCUUUGUGGUCAAUUAUGUACGUGGAAUCGGUCAGUGUAAUUCCAAAGAUGUGUGUGUUUGUUUGUGUAGGUGUGCAGGGCUGUGCCGACGGCUGGUUGGAGUUUAUGGGAAACUGUUACCUGCACUUUGCCGAGAGAGACACCUGGUCUGAGGCUGAGCAGCGCUGUCAGGAGCUGAACUCCCACCUGGUCAGCAUCGGCUCUCAGGAGGAGCAGCAGUUCAUCAACUGUGAGUAUCUGUGUGUGUCUGAGUGCUUUUAAAGUUUAAAAGGUUGUAAAACCAUUUAAAGUUUGUCCAGUUUUGAUGGGAAAAAACUGAGAAACUAUUCUACUUUUAAUGCAGCCCACGGUCAGGACUACCAGUGGAUCGGACUCAAUGACAAAGAUGUGCAGAAUGAGUUCCGGUGGACAGACCACAGUCCUCUGGUGAGUUUGGUCCUUCACAAAUCUCCUACCUGCCCCUGUCAUAAAGAAAGAUCUUAUUCCCUGACCCGGAAUUUUUCAAAUCCACGUUGACCACAUUUCCCCUCACAGUCUUCAUAUGUCGUCUUUUAACUCUCUUAGACCUUUGAGAACUGGAGACCCAACCAGCCGGAUAACUACUUCAACUCUGGAGAGGACUGUGUGGUGAUGAUCUGGCAUGAGGGUGGACAGUGGAACGACGUACCCUGCAACUACCACCUCCCCUUCACCUGCAAGACUGGUCCAGGUACGUUUACUGGGUCGAAGUCCUGGGCAAAUUGGCACUGGUUCUGUAAAACUCCUUGGAUGGAUCCGUGACACUCUGGAUUGAUUUCCUCGUCUUCGUUUUUUACGUUUUGUCUUAUUCUAGUCAUGUGUGGAGCCCCCCCUAAUGUGGCGUACGGUCGUCCAAUGGGCAGCAGAAGAGAGCGCUACCCCGUCAACUCCAUAGUCCGCUAUCAGUGUGAUGCAGGCUACACACAGCGCCACCUGCCUGUCAUACGCUGUUUGCCAGAUGGACAGUGGGAGCAGCCACAAGUGGAGUGUACAGAAGGUAAGAUUAUUGAUCAUAUUUACACGGUGACCUUUAACCUUUGACAUCAUGCUCAGGGUUGGGAGCAGAGCCAGGACAAACCUCAAUGGCGCCCUAAGCAAAAUUUGAUUUUGGGGCCCUCUUUUUCUGCCAAUAAUAUUGAUUGUUGAUCAUCCACAGACCUUCACAAAUCUCUUUGAUUAACAUUCGAUGACAAACAAUCAAACCUUUAUCUUGGCGUUUUUUCUCCUCUUCCUCUUUCUUUUCCCUGAAGGUUAUGUCCUUUUUUGCGACAUUGUUUUGCCCCACAACUACCUGCGCUUUGGAUGCUUAUUGCACAUUGCACAGCAGGGGUCACAUAAUGGUAGCAGAGCUUUGACAUAUCAGCAGUAAGAAUCAUAGGCCUACAUCAGGAGCAGCACUUAAAUGUUUUUACUUUAUUUUAUUUUAUUUUUACAAUAAUAUGUAUUUGAUAAUACAUAAAGCAUCACUCAUGCAUGCGAAAAAUAAAAUAUAUAUAUUUUUUUGUUGCUCUUGGGGGCCCCCUACUGGCGGAGUCAAAGAAAAGACAUUGAAUAGUGUUGAUUGUGAGUUCAGUCCAGACAAACUUUGGCAUAACCCAGAGGGAAAGGUCGGGUACAUUCAGAGACUGGUCUGUCAGUCUUCGGAAAUAUCCGUAUACAUGUGGGUAUGGCGAUUUUCCACACUGUGCACGUUGUCAAAGAAAACAGCCGCCACCUAAAUAUGGUUAUAAGGGAAAAUUCUUCAUCUGUUUAGUCUUUGAACUGGAUUCACCGGAUCUAUUAGCCACGACAAUGACUUUGAUUGAAUUUCCCAGUCCUGUAGUCGCACUUUUGAACAUGAUUUCAUCAGUAUGCGUACCUUUUCUCUCCCAGCCGGAGCCAACAGCAACAGGCUACACAAAAGAUCCCUCAGGAGGAGAAGUAAAGGUGUCAGCAGCCAACAGGAACAGAGGAAGCUGCACUGAGCGGGAAUGAAAGGACACACUGCAGAGAGCCACAAAGGACCCCUCUUAUAAAGAGGCAUGGACACCAAUGCAAAUGCCCGACCAAAAAGAUAACAUUCCCGAACAUGUACACACAAACACACAAACACACACACAUGUUAAAGCACAUUUAGUCAGUCACAGAGAGGUCGACUCACAUUUUGGACCUUUGAGUGUCACUUUACAUCUUCUUUUUUUAGUUUCCUUUGUAUUUAUACUGUUUAAUUUAUAGCUGUGACUCAGUAUUUGUACAACCAAGCUGAACUUUCCUGCAAUCAUUUGCCAGCACUGCACACACAGAGGUAGGUAAAACUGUCAAAAAAAGAGACACAUGAAGCUGUAGAGUGGCACCCAAAGUCCAAAAAUCACCCCGUUAGGAGUGUUUUCAAAUGCAGCUGGAUUCUCUGACGUAAAACACAAUGUUUCAUAGAACUUUAGAUAUUUUUCUAGAUCUGUGUUUCUUAGUUUUUGUUGAAUUAUUUCUUUUAUUUGGUGUUAGACUCUAAGGACAGUAAGUGUGUGCCUCAGACUGGCGAACUGAGCAGUUUUCUUGCGUUGUUGGCGGAGAUUCUUGAGCUUUUCGGCUGUGACCCCCUAAAAAUCAGUGAAGUGGUUCGACUUAUUUCAACUAUCUUAAAAUCCAAAUCUAAGGGGGUGAAAACAGAUCAUGUUUGAGAAGCACGAAGCAGCUUCAGCACAGAAUCACAUGUAAUAAAAUGAUUGUGCUCUUCAGUUUAAUGAUAGAAAUCCAAGUUUGUUAAAGUCAUUACAACUUCCUGGACAGAAAUAGUCAGCACUCAUGCACUUUUGGGAGCCUUCAGUAAUUUAUAAAUAAAUCCAGUGCACCUUAAAUUAAAACAAUCACAUAUCCUGCACCGAAAAAAAAAAAAGGGUGCAGACGUCCAUGUUUUCUGGGGUUAUCUAUCGCAGAGUAUGCACGCCCAGUUUUGCAGGUUGGGGUUAGUAAUUGAAGUGAACUCUGAGGAUCGUAUGAGAAUCGGCUUCACUGAAAGGAUUCGUUUCUCACUGUAAAUACUCUCUGAACAGCAGGAUCUGUCCAUAACUUACACAGAGCAGACACUCGUUAGCUUCAAUAACAGGUACGGCGCAGUUAUCGUUAUUUAUCAUGUGGGUGUGCCUGAAAUUCAGAGGAAGACUCGCUGAUUUUUCUCGAGUUUUUGUGGAGGUUUCCGGCUUUUUCUCAGUGAGGUAAAACAAUUUUAGGGGAAAGAAGCUGUGAAAGCUGUAGAAACUUAUAGAAAGGGUGAGACUAGGGGGAACGAGGAUAUAAAGUGUUGACCAUGACCUUUUUGAAGGUCAAGAUUUGCUUCAACUCAGAGCUGAAACUUGUGUCCAUGUCUGACUUCCAUAGAAGAACUCACAAACUGUAAAACAGACACAAACAGUCACAAAACAGAGAAAAUAAAAGAUGAUGCAAAAUGAAAGAUUUGCACAUUUUAUGUGCCUAAAUAAACAAAUGUAGUGUUUCUGGGUAUCAGCGGAGGAUUAGACCCAAAAGGAAAAAUAUUUAAAAGACAAACAGUGAUCUGUUUCGGUGUUUGUGAGAUCCUCAUUCCUCGACAAAUUGACCAAACUUUGUGUUAUAUUGCACACAGACACUUCUGUCCUGACUUUCGGAUCCUGAAAACCUGAUGUGAAUAAACAGUAUUCUGUACUGUGCCAAAUAAAACUUGGAAUCAUC